CUCAGCUGCACUCUUGGGGCAGUUCUUGCGAGGCAGCGGCCACAGCCAAUCAGCGAGCGCGUCCCCGGGCCUCGGCCAGUCGAGCUCCCAAGAGGGGAAGUCCAGCUCUGUGCAUGUGCCGCUCCAAUGGCCCUGAAGAGUGAUAUGCGCUGCUCUCCUCGACUCCCUCUCCUUGUCCAACCCUCAUCUGCCAGGGACACAAGGCCGCCUUCAGAAUUACUCCUCCAUCGAUUCCAUCACAAUGGGUGCCACCGACAUCCCCGAGCUGCAGUACACCCCGAUCGACGAGAUCCAGGAACGGGUCGCUCGCGUGAAGAAGACAUUUUUGGAGCACAAGACCAGAGAUGUCGAGUUUAGGCUUGUCCAGCUGCGAAAGCUCUACUGGGCUAUCAAGGACCACGAGCAGCAAAUAGUUGAAGCCCUCCGCCUCGACCUCGGAAGGCCCCGGUUCGAGUCCGAAGUUGCUGAGAGCGUUUGGUUGGAAAAUGACAUCGUAUUCAUCUCAAAGCAUCUUCACAAAUGGGUGAAGGAUGAGAAGGCCGAUGACAUCGACCUUGCCUUCAAGUUCAUGAACCCCAAGAUCCGCAAGGACCCUCUUGGUACCGUUCUGGUUAUUGGUGCCUUCAACUUCCCCUUCCAGUUGACUCUUGGUCCUGUCCUCGGUGCCAUCGCCGCCGGAAACACUGUCGUGAUCAAACCAAGUGAGAAUGCUCCCAGGAGCGCGGUUGUGAUGCAGAAGAUUAUCGAGGCCUCGCUCGACCCAUCCUGCUACGCCUUCGUCCAGGGUGCCAUCCCCGAGACCCAGGCUCUGCUCGCAGAGAGAUGGGACAAGAUCUUCUUCACCGGUGGUGCCACCGUUGGCCGUAUCAUCGCAAAGGCAGCUGCUCCCCACUUGACCCCCGUGGUUCUGGAGUUGGGUGGUAUCAACCCUGCCAUUGUCACCAAGUCUGCAAACCCUAGGCUAGUCGCGCGAAGAAUGCUCUGGGGCAAGCUUAUGAAUGCCGGUCAGGUUUGCACGUCUCAGAACUACUUGCUCGUUGACAGGACUCUCGUGCCCGCUGUGGUCGAUGAGUUCAAGAAGGCGUACAAGGAAUUCUAUCCUCGCGGAGCCAAGGCCUCUCCGGAUUACGCUCGCAUUGUCAACGAAGGCGCCUUCCAUCGCCUGAAGGGGAUGAUCGAUAACUCUCAGGGCAAGAUCCUUAUGGGUGGUACCAUGGAUGAGAAGGAACUCUUCAUUGAGCCUACCGUUGUCCAGGUCGAGUCUCCCGACGACUCCAUGCUCGUUCAAGAGAGCUUCGGUCCUCUCAUCCCCAUUCUUCCCGUUGACAACCUUGACGAGGCCGUCAACAUUGCAAACAACAUCCAAAGCACACCCCUAGGCCUCUACCCGUUUGGCUCCAAGGCUGACACCGAGAGAAUCCUUUCUAUGACCCGCUCCGGUGGUGUCUCCGUCAACGACGCUGCUCUGCACAUCCCCACCCUUCCAUUCGGUGGUGUUGGCGAAAGCGGCUACGGUGCGUACCGCGGCCGCACCAGCUUCGAUGUCUUUGUGCACCGUCGCACAAUCACAAGCAGCCCAGGUUGGCUCGAGUCUAUCCUAGCUAUCCGGUACCCGCCGUACGCCGGAAAGUUGAACAAGUUCAAGGCAGCCAGUGUCCAGACUCCUGACUUUGACCGCUCCGGCCGUAAGAUCCGCUUCGGCUUGCUUCGUUUCAUCCUCACACUCGGCGGGGGAUCAGCUAAAGCCGGCGCUGGCCGUGCUGCUGUUGUUGCUGCUGUGGCCUAUCUCGUCAUCAAGAUCCUCGAAUACCGGAGCUCAAAGCUCUAGACUAAUUAGGAUACCAAAUUGGAUGGAAUAUGUACACUCUCGCUCUUAUCACCAUUGAUUGCUCUUUGCCCCUUUUUGAAUAAGUGAAAUAAUACGUAUUUAUGCCUGAAACACCACUUCUUGAAUUGUCUUAUACUUUACGCCCCAGACGGUCAAUGUAUACUCUUAAUAGUUUGGUCUUAUAUAUAGCCUAUGGAUCUUGACUCUAUAUUUCUGGGUCGAGGGUUCGGAUGUUUAUAUUACUGAAAUGGAACACGUCCUCAGAUUACGU